AUGUUCGUCACGGUCGCCAUAGCGGCAGCGCUGACUGUGCAGCUUAUGGUUGUACUUUCGAGCGGCUUGUUCGAAGCCAUCACCGUGACAGUCGUUUAUGAUGACGGAUCGGUGACAGCUACUGAGUUGUUCACUGGCGACUACAACAACACCAUGACAGCCAGGCCGGCGUCAAUUUAUUACGGGAGGCUGCUCUACAACUUGUCAUACCCGCUGGGUACCACGCAAGAUUAUGCUUAUCAGUUGUUCAACUCUUCGCACUCAUCUGUCGAGGAUGUAUUCGCUACCGUCGAUGUCUUUUCCGCCGAUCUAGACUGCAGUAGUGCCACACCACUUAAGGUGACUAAUAGCUUCUACACUGGGUCUAAGGACAAUCCGCUUCUUGACAGCACCGGCUUUACCGUUUCCACCGACGAUGCUGCAAGAGAUGUCUGGCUGGCUGCUGUCGAUGAGCCUUCCUGUUCCGAUUUGGUGGUACGGAUCAAGAAUGGACAGUUAUGGAACUACAACGGUUCAUACUGCCCUGAUCAGCCGGAGGGCCCUGACAGGAAUCGGUUGGUUUUCGUUUCUGGGUCCUGGAAUGCCGGGGCCAUGUCGACGAUCAGACCUCGUUACACCAUCCGAAAAGCCAACGUCACGCUCAGCAAGACGGCCAGUUCUGCGGACAUCAACACCAAUUUAGCCAGCGGUAGCAGUGGCUUCGCCUUCGCAAACAUGACGCUGCUUGAGGGUGAGCGGGAACUGGAUAACUUUUCGGCCUGGACGAUGAUGAGCCCGGUGUUCAUGUCGAUAGAGCUAGCGAACUAUCAACUCAAUAACAAUGGGUUGCUGGGUUUCAUCAACGCGGCGGCACCAGAAGCCAAAUCUGGCGAAGACGAAAUUGACCGCAUCAUGGAUGGACUACGACAAACAUAUCGCUCCAUCUCGGCGCAGGUCGCAAGCACUUACCUGACACAGGCUUUCGCUCAGAACUCAUCCGAAGGAGAUCUAAAUAGCACUCUCACCGGCAGAACCGUGGUGCAGGAAACGCGUCUUGCCAUGCAAGCACCGGCUUUCUGGAUCACUGAAGCAGCCUUGUUGGUUGCCAUCUUCGGUACAUCGUUCCUUCUGCUCAACUCGUCCGACAUGCGCAUGUCGCGCGACCCAGGCACAAUUGGUGGUCUAGCCACUAUCCUAGCGCGCAGUGAGGGCACGAUGAGGAUAUUUGCCGGGACGGGGGCGAUGCCAUUGAGCAAGGUCAAAGAGGUGGUUGGUCCCGAUAAGGAGUUCGCCGCCGGCACAGUGCAGGCUUCAAAUGGCUCGUCUACUUGGUGUGAGUUCCUAAUCGAGACGAACGACGAGGGAUCUCUCCAAGAUGGUGCAAAUCAGCGAUCAGAAGACUCUGAUGGUCCUCCGGAGUGGUAUCGCCCUUUUGCCGUAUCGUUGCUUGGGCGUGUGCUCAUCAUCUCGGUCCCGCUGGCCUUGAUGGUCGCGCUUGAGGUUCUCUACCAGUACUCGGCUGGCCAUGACGGUUUGGCCGAUGUCGACCAAGACAACCGCUAUGCGCACUACGCCUGGACGUUCAUCCCGACGCUGGUGAUGGUGGGCGUGGGCCAACUGUUCGGCAUGCUGGAUUUCGCGACCAAAUUAUUCGCACCCUACAGUGCUCUCCGCAAAGGAGGCGGCGUCCCCGCCCGCACGAGCAUCAUGGACAGCUAUUUGGAUAAGCUGGGGGUUCACGCAUUGUUCGCAGCGCUCGGUCGGAAACAAUGGGCCGUGGCCGCGGUUGCGGUAGCAACGGUGCUGAGCCCAUUCCUGACCAUCGUAACCAGUGGUCUGCUGAACGCGGAGACGGCCCCAGUAAACUAUACUGUUGCUAUCACGCAGCUGAAUACCUUCGAGACCACCGGACAGCAGUACUCCUCGGGCACCAUAGAGGCCAACCUGGUGCUGGCCAGCAACCUGACGUACCCGCAGUGGACCUACGACACACUCGCCAUCCCGCAACUCAAAAUUGCUUCGACGCAGUCCUCCCACAGCCUUGAAUCUACUGCGAGUAACGCCACCAGCCUCCGCGCCACCGUGCCCGCUGUUCGCGGCGUCGCGAACUGCACUGUACAGAACCCGAGCUCGUUCCAGAACUGCAGCUCAACUUGGCUGGAGACCUACAUGGUUUUAACUGGCAACAAAUUUGUCCCCCAGGUAAACUCAAAAUUCGACAACGACGGUUAUUUCGGGCGGUGGCAGCUGCCUCCGUAUGAUGAAGCGACACCUCCGCCCGGCUGUCCGUCUGUCAUAACGGUUUUCGGCCGUGUUGAGAAUGACACUAUCGUGCAAUCCACGCAUCUUGCCUGCUACCCGUACGUUGAGAAGGUUGACGCGACAGUCACCUUCAUUCUGCCCGACUACCGCGUCGACAUCGACCAGCGCCCGCCGGAGGCACCCGCCAUCGGGCACGGCGAGUUAUUCAGCGACGAUAUUUGGUCUUUUGACUCAGACGGUGACAUCGGUGGGUUACAGCUGGCGAACCCGAACCUACUCAACGCCACAUAUGAGGACUUCGGGUCGCUGUAUGGACUCGUGGUCUGGGGGCCGGACGGCGUGCCGAGUGAGGAGCUAGUCCAAGAUGGGGAGAAGCUCGUGAGCAGGGUGGAGAAGGUGUUCGCGCAGGUGAUGGCGCAGCUCCUGAACAAAGAAAGGGUAUGGUUGGGAAACGGUACCGCUGAGGCCAGCAUGAAGAAGCGCGAUACAAACGAGUUGACCGGCACCAUCCUGUACACCGCUCGCACUCGCCUUAAGCAGAGCCCUAUCUCGACCCGCAUUCUAGAGGCGCUGCUGGCCAUCAUGUUCAUCUGCGCCGCCCUAUCAGCCGCGCUAUUGGAUACUAACCGCGUCUUGCCUAAGAACCCGUGCAGCAUCGCCGCCGUGGCGACUUUGUUGGCUGGAAGCGAGCUGCUCGCGAGCAUUCCACGGGGUGCAGAGUGGAUGUCUGAUAAGCAGCUGAAGGAGAGUGGUGUUUUCGAGGGGAAAGUGUAUAGUAUGGGGUGGUGGGGUGGCAGCGUUGGUGAUAGUGAUGGUAGCAUAUCUUCUUCUGGUGGGAGGAGAUUCGGGAUUGAUAUCGGAACUGCGGUCAGCGAGAAGGGUGGGGGAAGUGAUGCGGGAGAUGGCAACGCAACGAAGCCGAGGUGGAGACCCGCUUGGCUAAGAGGCCGCGCGAAGUGA